GAAGAACAUGAAGCCACCAAUAUGCAAGUUGAGGAGAGUGAUAUCACUGAGCCCACAUUAGAGGAUGAUAAAAUCGUUAAUGCACAAGCGAAAAGAGAGUAUAAUAAAAAUUUGAGGACAACGAUCUGGCGACAAAAUAAAAAGAAAAAGCUGCAAGAUGCAAAAGAAAAGAAUGUACUAUUCGAUGCUACAAUAUCAGAUAAUACAUUACUUGAUGCUUCAGUUGAAGCAUCAAGUAAUAUAUUACUUGAUGUCUCAACUGAAACAUCAAGUAAUAUAUUACUUGAUGUCUUAACUGAAAUAUUAAGUAAUAUAUUACUUGAUGCUUCAACUGAAGCAUCAAUAUGA